AUGAACAUAGUGGUCCUCUUCACACUUCCUAUUUGGACGUUCAAUAAGAUCAUCCCCUCAGGCUGUGAGGAUUUUCACGCAAAUUCAGAUAUAAGAAUAUUGUGGGGCUUCAGAUUAGCUAAAGUUUUCCCAAAUCAUUUCAGCAUUGUUUGUGGGAGUGGCACUUAUGUUGAAGGUAAUUAUCUGCAAAACAAAUAUCAGUGGAAAGAUACUGUUGGACCAUGGGAAGAGAGACCUGGACACUUUAAUGAUAUUUGGAACUAUUGGAGUGACGAUGGAAUCGGUUAUUUUGAGUAUCUCCAACUAACAGAGGACCUUGGUACAUUGCCCGUAUGGGUGUUCAACGCUGGUAUCAGACGCCAUGACAAAAUUAAUACAUCAAACAUAGCACCUUACGUACAAGACGCUCUCGAUGGCAUUGAAUUUGCAAAAGGCUCUCCUAGGUCAAAGUGGGGUUCUGUUAGAGCUGCAAUGGGACAUCCUAAGCCAUUUGACUUGAGAUUUGUUGCUAUUGGAAAUGAAGAUUGUGGUCUUUUUAAUUAUGAAGGAAAUUACCUUAGGUUCCAUGAUGCUAUAAGAUAUGCCUACCCUGAUAUUAAAAUUAUCUCAAAUUGCGAUGCUUCUACUAAACCAUUAAAUCAUCCAGCUGAUUUGUUCGAUUAUCAUAUUUACACAGACUCCAAUGGCAUGUUUUCUAAGUCUACUCAGUUCGAUCACACAUCACGAUCUGGUCCAAAGGCUUUUGUUAGUGAAUAUGCGGUGUGGAGAAAAGAUUCGAUCUUUCCUUAA